UAGUGAAAGAGACUUAGAGGAAGGGGAUUAAGAGUGAAAGGAACAAAGAAGGAGAGAGAUGGUGAAAAACAGUGGUUUUGGUCAGAUUAUGCAAGAAGGAGACAAUCCUGGCUUCUUCAAGAUUCUUCGAAAGGAAGAUUUAUCUUCUGAAAUUAUGAGAAUGAUUCCUCAUCAAUUCAUAAGAAGCAUCUCUGACAACUCCUCGUCGUUUAAGAUGGUAUUAAAACUGCCAUGGGGAAGCUCAUGGCCAGUCAAAAUCUCCAAGAACCCAAGUUUUCACUACAUGGAAGAUCGUGGAUGGAACCGGUUUGUGAGUGACAACGCUUUGGGCGAAAACGAGUAUCUUACCUUCACUCACGAGGCAAAUAUGUGCUUUAACGUAAACAUCUACGAGCCAGAUGGUACGGAGAUGCUUAGACCAAGGGAAUCUGCAACCAUUGCUUCUAGUUCCGGUCUGAACAAGAGAGAACAGAGGAAGGAAGUGAAGACGGAAGAGAUCAUAGAGUCUUCCUCUGAAUCGAGUUAUCCGGGUCUCAACAAAGCUGAAUCUGCAGGAAGCAGAUUGAAGAAGAAACGGGAGCUUAACUUGGGAAAGAAGAAAGCCGAGAAAACCGGAAAACCCAAGAAGAAGAAGGUGGAUUCAGCAGCUGGGACCUCGUCACUUGUUCCAGAAUUCAAUCUCACAAUAAAGAAAUCACACCUCCUGUACUUUGCAAUCCCGAAGAAUUUUGUGGAUAUGCAUAUGCCAAAGAAGACAAAAUUGUUCAAGAUUCAUCCGGAAGGGGAGAAUUCAUGGGAGGUUUUGUAUUUGGUCACUGGUGUACAGUCAAGAUUCUCUGCUGGAUGGUCUCGUUUAGCCAAAGACUUAGGUUUAGUGGUUGGGGAUGUCUGCACGUUCAAGCUCAUUAAACCGACCGAAAUGCUUCUCAAAGUCUCCAGAGAUGGUGAUGAUGAUGCUGACGAUGAUGAUGAUGAUGCUGACGAUGAUGAUGAUGAUGAUGCUGACGAUGAUGAUGAUGAUGCUGACGAUGAUGAUGAUGAUGCUGACGAUGAUGACGAUGAUGAUGAUGAUGAUGAUGAUGAUGAUGAUGAUGAUGAUGAUGAUGAUGAUGUGUGAAAUGUGAGGUUUAGUUGGAGAACUAGUGAGGACUUGUGUUUGGAGCGACAAUAUGUUUUGUGGUCUAAUGUUAGGACU